UCUCUGAAAGCUUAUGGCAGGCCAGCCAGGGCAUCACUGGUAAAGUAGCCUGUGCGUGUUCUCUGGGCAUAGCUGUCUUAUCUGGGUCCCCAUACUCCCCUGGGCUGGCUGAUAUGUCCCAUCUCCCUGGAGACAGCUGGCCAUAGGCAAGGAGACUGGGGUGGCACCAUGGCUCUCCCUCCUGCUGUGACAAGAAGAAUGAUCCCUUUCCACUGUGAACAGUUGAGAUACGACCACUUCUGCUGUGAAUGUUUCUGCAUGGACAGAAGGAACUGCCUGUCCUAGGUCAUGUGUGCUUGUCCAGAGAGAACUGAGGUCAUCUCUGCAAUGCUGUGACCCCUUCUUUUUUUGCCACCACUGCUACUUCUCUACUCUGUUGUUGGAAGGUGUGUGUCUGUUCCUUUAGGAGGAGGACAGCGGAGCUCUGGCUACCAGAAAUGCAAGUGGGUGCCUUGCCCUUGUGUGUGUGUAUGACCAUGAGGGUGUCAGUGUGUACUUAAGAUGUGUCUGUCCCUGGCUGUGUGCACAUGUGUGUGUGAGUGUAUUUUUCUCACUGUUCUCCUAGCCCUUCUUCCUCAGCCAAGCAGAGAGGGUGACCUUGAGGAGGUCCCAGACACAGCAGCACCAUGGCCUCUGCCACCUCUGUGACCAGCCUGGAAGAUGAAGUCAACUGUCCUAUCUGCCAAGGCUCCCUGAGGGAGCCAGUCACCAUCGACUGUGGCCACAACUUCUGCCGUGGCUGCCUCACCCGUUACUGUGAGAUCCCGGGCCCAGACCCCGAGGAGCCCCCCACUUGUCCACUCUGCAAGGAGCCUUUCCGCCCAGGGAGCUUCCGGCCCAACUGGCAGCUGGCCAGUGUGGUAGAGAAUAUUGAGCGCCUCAAGCUGGUGUCCAGGCCAAGCACAGAGGAGGAUGUCUGCCAGGAGCAUGGGGAGAAGGUCUACUUCUUCUGUGAGGAUGAUGAGAUGCAGUUGUGUGUGGUGUGCCGGGAGGCUGAGGAGCACCGAGCCCAUACUGUGCGCUUCCUGGAGGAGGCAGCAAGACCCUACAGGGAACAGAUAGAGAAGUGUCUUGAGUGUCUAAGAAAAGAGAGAGAGGAGAUUCAAGAAAUUCAGUCAAGAGAAAAUCAAAGGAUACAAGUCCUACUGACUCAGGUGGCCACCAAGAGACAAAGAGUGAUCUCUGAGUUUGCACACCUGAGCCAGGUCCUGGAGGAGCAGCACACUAUCCUCUUAGCCCAGUUGGAGAGACUGGAUGGGGACAUCCUGAAGCAACAGGAUGAGUUUGAUGUCCUGGUCACUAGGGAGAUGUGCCAGUUUAGCUCACUGAUUGCAGAACUGGAGGAGAAGAAGGAGAGGCCGGCCAAAGAGCUCCUGACGAAUAUCAGAAGCACUCUGAUAAGAUGUGAAACUAGAAAGUGCCGGAAACCAGAGGGUGUGUCCCCUGAGCUGGGCCAGAGAAUUCGUGACUUCCCCCAUCAGGUCUUCCCGCUGCAAAAGGAGAUGAAACUGUUUCUGGCUCACAUCUCUCUAGACCCCAAGACUUCCCACCCCAAGCUCCUCUUGUCUGAGGACCACCAGCGGGCUCGGUUCUCCUACAAAUGGCAGAACUCGCCAGACAACCCUCAGCGUUUUGACAGGGCCACCUGUGUCCUGGCCCACGAUGGUUUCACAGGGGGAAGACACACCUGGGUGGUGAAUGUAGACUUGGCUCAUGGGGGCAGCUGCACCAUAGGUGUGGUCAGUGAGGAUGUGCAGCGGAAGGGAGAGCUUCGGCUGAGGCCAGAGGAGGGGGUGUGGGCCAUGAGGCUGGCAUGGGGCUUCGUCUCAGCCCUUGGCUCCUUCCCCACACGGCUCACCCUGAAGGAGCAGCCCCGACAGGUGAGGGUGUCUCUUGACUAUGAAGUGGGCUGGGUGACCUUUCUUAAUGCUGUGACCCAGGAACCCAUCUACACCUUCACUACCUCCUUCACCCAGAAGGUGUUUCCCUUCUUUGGACUCUGGGGCCGAGGGUCCAGUUUCUUCCUGAGCUCCUAAGAUUGUGAAGUUAGCUUCCUCUAGGUACAGGACUCAAAGAGACGACUUUGUACGGACUGGGUCACUUGGCAGACUUGAAACAGACAUCAUGGCUUUAGAUGAUAUAAUGGAGUCAGGACUUUAGCAAGGACAAAAUGGGACAAACUUCAAUCUGUUGAUCAAACUGUUUGCUCAAUGCUCAGUAGAUGGUCUGGGGACUUGGACCACAAACAGCUAUCCUACCACCACCCCCACCAGUGCAGAAGGAGCUGUAUAGAAGAAAGAAUACGAAAUGUGUAGCCAGAAGACAUGGGUUCUAGUCCCAGCCUCGUAAUCAACCAAUCCUGCAAUCUUAAGUAGGGCAUCUCACCUCUCUUCAUCUUAUUUUCAUCCCAAAAUAAUAGGGUUUAUUAACUCAUAUCCUCAAGACACAUUUAUUCUGUGCUAAUUAUGAACCAAGCAGCAUGGUAGUCAUUGGUGACAUAAAAGUAAAGGAAAAAAAAAUCUUUUCCCUUGUUUGUAGGAGUUCAUGGGAAGAGACAGAGACAUGAAGAGGAAAUUAUACUACUAGGUGAUGGAUGCUGUGAUAGAGGUGUGGCCUUGGUGUUAGGGAAGCUCAGAUGAGGGAGCAUAAUCCGUAUUGGAGAGCAGAGGGUGAGUUGGGCAUGGCUUUUUGGAAAAAGUGAGUCUAAAAAUGAGUGUGAUGAAUGAGGAAAGCGAGGAAGAAGCAUCUUAAAAAGAAUAAAUGAUAGAGUCUGCAGGAUGAUCUAUAACCUACAGGACACUGGGUCAUAUCCAUUGUCCUCAUGAACAGAUGUACUGCCAUCCCACCCCUGACCCCACUUGAUGCCUCCCUCCUCCCAGUGGUGUCACUUCUGGCUGAUAGGAAGAUACAGGACCUCAGUAGGAAGGGGAUAAAGGAGGCAUGGCCAUAAACCAUAACCCAAGGAUGACAUUUAACCCUUGGGGAAAAUCCUCUUCCUUAUCUGUUGAUUACCACCUGAGAUCAAGGAAUGAAAUGAAAGGAAUGAGGUGGUAGGAAAAAAUACAUCUCAAACAGCUCAGCUGUGGGAACAGAAACAGCACCAUCUUAACCCUUGUGCUGGGUGGAGGCAGGGGGAUGAAUUCGACCUAUGACCUUUAACCCAAAGAACAGAGGCUGCUCUAGGGCUGGACAAGAAGUGACAUCAAGGGGUGAGAUGGGAGAAAGAAGAGAAUUGAGAUUUGGAGAUGUGUGCAUCUGAGUGAAGAGUUCUAGGGCAGAUAGGAAGCCAGGUGGUACUGGGGAAGGCUGUGACCACAUGUGGUGUGAAGAAACUAAUGAGUACUGGUGACUCCAGAAAUACCCCUGCCUGGUGCUGAUUCUGGGACAGAGAUGAGCACUAAUAAAUGGCUGCCUAGAAUUUGGAAAAUGAUUUUAGUUGUCCCAAGGUGGGAUUUUAAAUCUUAUGCACAAUAAAAAUAUUGUUAUAACACAUU